UCCGUUGCGCCAGCCGGGUUGUUGAGGCGCAACGUCGCGAGUUUUCGUUCUUGUUUUUCUGCGGUCGCUUUGGAGCUUUCCUCCAAUUUUUUCCUUUCUCUUUCACUGCCUCCGGCGCAUCUUUUUUGUGUUUUUUUUUAUUGUUACUUUUCGCUUGUUUUAUUGCCAUGAAUUGAAGACGCUAGUCAGGGAAUAACAAAACACUUUACUGUUCAAGUUUAUACGCUCCAAGAAAUCUGGUGCCUCGUGCGUGAUCUUUACGUUUAGCUCCAUCAUCAGUUACGAUUAAGCGCGUUUCGUGAGAACCGAAAUUUUAAGUGCCCCCAGACAGUAACGCGAGCGUAAAAACAAAAGAGCCGGGAGUUCAAUGAAUCAAACCAUUCAGUGAAAUUGGAUGCGUUUUCGAUUCGAUUUUUUUUCCUUUCCUGUUUUGCUUCGGCGGAAAUCAAUUGACGAACAACAAUGGCGAAAGUGCAAGAACUGCUCUCGAUUGCGGUGGCCUUAGCCUUGGUCUUGGUAGGUCUGACCGCGGCCAGCCCCCGGAGGCAAUCGCCCCCGGCCUCCUGGAGAAAUGGAAACGGGUUCUUCCAGUUGCGCGGCGGCCGGCGAGAUGAGUAUCGAACCGAUUGGAACGACAAAGAUGCGAAAUGUGGAUACGAGUCCUGUCCGGAGAUAAAGAAAAAUAUGCUGAACGUUCAUCUGGUGCCGCACACCCAUGACGAUGUCGGUUGGCUCAAAACGGUUGAUCAGUACUAUUACGGAAGCAAAACAUUGAUUCAGAAGGCAGGCGUCCAGUACAUUCUGGAUUCGGUGAUCGAAUCGUUGCUGAAAGAUCCGAAGCGUAAAUUUAUCUACGUCGAGACGGCAUUCUUUUUCAAAUGGUGGCAAGAACAGACCCCGGAGCUGCAGGACAAGGUCCGGGAUUUGGUGAAUCAGGGGAGGUUGGAGUUUAUCGGGGGUGCCUGGAGCAUGAACGAUGAAGCGGCCACCCACUAUCAGAGCAUUAUUGAUCAAUUUACGUGGGGUCUGGGAAUGCUGAACGAUACCUUCGGCGAAUGUGGCCGACCUAGGAUCGGGUGGCAGAUUGAUCCUUUCGGGCAUUCCCGGGAGCAGGCUUCGAUCUUUGCCCAGAUGGGCUUCGAUGGAAUGUUCUUUGGCCGAUUGGAUUAUGAAGAUAAGAGAGAGCGAUUGACGAACAAGAAAGCCGAAAUGAUCUGGAAGGGAAGUGCCAAUCUGGAAGAUGGAGACUUGUUUACUGGUGUUCUGUACAACAUGUAUCAACCACCGCCUGGUUUCUGUUUUGAUAUUCUCUGCUCGGAUGAACCGUUUAUGGAUAGCCCCUACAGUGCCGAAAACAAUGUUAACUCUAAGGUGGAGAAAUUUCUGUUCUAUGUAGAUUUCCAGGCGAGACACUAUCGUACCAACAAUAUUGUGCUGACUAUGGGAGGGGAUUUUACCUACAUGGAUGCUAAUGUGUACUUCAAAAAUUUGGACAAGCUGAUAAGGUACACCAACGCUCGCCAGGCGAAUGGGUCCAAUGUGAACGUGUUCUACUCGACACCAUCCUGUUAUUUGAAGGCACUUCACGACGCCGAUAUCACUUGGCCUACCAAGAGCGAUGACUUCUUCCCGUACGCGUCGGAUCCGCAUUCCUUCUGGACCGGAUACUUCACUUCCCGGCCGACUGUCAAAAGAUUCGAACGGGUAGGCAACCACUUCCUGCAGAUUUGCAAACAGCUUACGGCUUUGGCCCCGACGAAGGAAAAAUAUUUUACGCCUCAUUUGAAUUUGUUGCGUGAGGCCAUGGGAGUCAUGCAGCAUCACGACGCGGUCACUGGAACGGAGAAACAACAUGUGGCCAACGAUUAUUCUAGGAUGUUGCACCGGGCCAUCGAGGCUUGUGCCUCAAACACGAAGGUUAUUCUUAACAAGAUGGUUGAUCCUGCGCAAAAGAAGGCUUCGUUCAAAAAGCAUGGAUUCAAGCAAGAUUUUACUUUUGCCUUUGAGACGUGCCACGCCCUCAAUAUUAGCAAGUGUGAGUUGACCGAGUCCAAAGACAGCUUCAUGGUGACACUUUACAAUCCGCUGGCCCAUUCAGGCUAUCAAUAUGUCAGGGUACCGGUAACCGGGAAUAAGUACAUUGUCAAAGACUACCGAGGAAUCGAGAUCCCAUCGCAGCUGCUUCCGAUUCCGGAAUCAGUCCUAGCUCUCAACUAUAGAUUCAGCAAUGCCACUCAUGAGUUGGUGUUCCUGGCAAACGAGUUAACACCUUUGGGCUACAAAUCGUACUUUGUGUCGAGAAUCAUUGAAUCUGUUGAUGAUUUUGUAAACGAACCUGAAAGUCCCUCAGCUCAGCUUCAGUCGGAUGAACCUCAGAAAAAGUGGAGAUCUGAGGAGGUCACAAUAGGAAACAAAUACCUCAACGUUAGCUUCGACAGCAAUGGCUUCUUGAGCUCCAUAACAUCCAACGGAAUCAGCAGUAGAUUACGUCAAACAUUCAUCUACUACCAAGGGGCUCUAGGAGACAACGAAGAAUUUAAAAACCGCUCAUCGGGAGCUUACAUCUUCCGACCCAAUGGAACAGAAAACCACGUUGCCGAUACCGUGCGCAUCAAUGUCGUCAAGGGUAGUGUGGUCCAAGAAGUUCAUCAGGUUUUCAAUGAGUGGAUCAGCCAAGUCGUAAGGGUUUAUGCCGAUGAAAAACACGUCGAAUUCGAGUGGCUUGUUGGGCCCAUUCCAACCGACGAUCGUGUGGGCAAAGAAAUCGUUUCUAAAUUCUACACCGCUGCCCAAUCGAAUGGAGUUUUCUGGACCGACUCGAACGGUCGCGAAAUGAUCAAGCGAGUACGUAACCAUCGCGAUACCUGGAAUCUUCACCUUGAGGAAAACAUUUCCGGAAACUACUACCCGGUAACGGCUAAGAUUGCACUGGAAGACUCCAACAUUCGGCUGGCUGUGCUGACUGAUCGCGCUCAGGGUGGGUCCAGUAUGGAGGAUGGCUCCCUGGAACUCAUGGUACACCGCAGACUGUUGCACGACGAUGCCUUCGGAGUAGAAGAGGCCCUAGAUGAGCACGCAUACGGCAAAGGACUAGUCGCACGCGGAAAACAUUACGUAGUCUUCGGAUCCAAGAAAACGAGCAAUCCUACUCUAGAAGCCAGAGAGAGAUUCUUGCAGAAUCAAGUGCUCUUGCCGACGUGGAGUUUCUUCAGCGAUACCACCAACUUCAAGUAUGAAGACUGGCAGAAGCGGUUUAACAAUAUAUACUCCGCAGUUUCCCUUUCGCUGCCCUUGAACGUUAAUUUGCUCACCUUCGAGCCGUGGAAGGACAACAGUUUGCUGGUCCGAUUCGAGCAUCUUCUGGAAAAGAACGAAGAUCCUACCUACUCGAAACCGGUCCGUUUCAACUUGCAGGAUAUCUUCCGUUCGUUUAGCAUCGAUCAGAUCCGGGAAACGACCCUGGCCGGGAACCAGUGGAAGGAAGACAACAGUCGGCUCAAGUUUAAGCCGGAUCCAGACUAUCUGAAACACGAGAACAACAAUCUAUUUGGAAACCCGAUUCCAGCAACUGGAGAGGAACCGGCUGAAAGUUUGAGGAACGUUAGCAACGAAGGGUACGAGAUCGUGCUGCAACCGAUGGAAAUUCGUACUUUUGUGCUGCAGCUGGAAUUUAGGCCAUAGAAUGUGUUUCGUAAUUGCAUUUUGUCACGACUGAAAUAAAACUUUUAAUGAUAUGUACCUAAUG